AUUAUAGACUGUUGCUACUCUUACUGCUACUGCUAUUUGGAAUAUUUUUUUUGAGUCAGUAUUUUUUUUAUUGAUGCGUGUAUAUAUUUUUUUAUUGAUACGUUAAAUAUUUUUUUCUGGUCUCUCACCCACUAGACUUGGAGUCUAUCCCUAGGCAUUUCACUGCCAGCUACCGAUCACCGAGGAAUUCAUUAAUUCCUCCACGGCGGAUGUGUCCGAAUCCACGGAGUCGAGGCUCUCUGUCCCCCUGUGCCUGCGAGUGUCGUUUCGUGGAUCAGCAGGCAAGAGUUGUGUCUGAAAGCUUUUAAAUCAAAGUCUAAUUAAAGUCUAUAGCUACUUGUUGUUUCUACUGGCUUCUUGUUCCUAGUAGUAAGGCCCUUGCUCCUAGUAGCGAUGCCCUUUGCUCCUAGUAGAAGGGAAACUAGCCAACAAAGCCAUUGGUUUGGCGUUUUCCCCUUCCGAGAGAUGGGGGUGCGCUGUACAGAUGGGACGCCGACGAAGUGCAGAUUUCCAGAAGUCAAUUAAUCUUGGGUUCCAUUCCAUGGUACUUCUGGGUUUGGGUAGCAUGGUAUGAGCUCGCGAUCCCUAAGCAAGUUGAAAGGGUUGACAAAUGCGAUGCAUCAUUUUAAUCAUUUUAUCCUUCAUGUUUAUAAGAUUCCCCUGCAGGCAUACAGGUUGCUGCAGAUAUUUACCAUGUGGCUGUACCAGGUCUUUUUGGUUCCAGUGAUCCCUACCAUUUGAUUGCUUUCAAAGAGGAUUCAGAUCCACGUCCACCACCUGAAGCUCAGAAUGAUGCUGUGCCCUCCGAGCUUGUGAAUGCUUGGGACCGGUCUCCGAGCCCUUGCGAAGCAAACCCUAGCAUGUCCACGGUCUCGGGAAGCACAGGGAGAAGCUCACGUUUCCAGAACCCUUGUCCGGAACUGCAGGAGAUCACCUUGCUUGUUGAUACAAGCACAGAAUUCCAGGAUGUGCAACGGGCACACGUGAACUUUGAGCGGAAAGAGGACAGGGAUCGUUCGAUGUCUACCUUCCGCUCUACAAUGCCCAGCUUGCACAAGCUCCUGAAACCCAGCGAUUGGGAGAAGAUUGGCUCAAGCAUUAGAAGGUUUGUUGAGAGGGGCUCGCAGGAUCCGCAAAUUCAAAUCAAGAAGCUAAAGCGGAUGACCUUCCAGUUGCCUGGUCAAAGUGGAUGGAUGAUUGCCGAGGAGGCCACUUUGCACCUAAUACAAGGCACCCAAAAAGUGUGGCUGUAUUUGAAAGGUUUUCGCCCGGAGAAAGCCCUGGGUUUGUUGCCCCUGGAUGGAAUUCAGGAGGGUGGCAUGAGAGAGCGCAGACGUGCAGGCAAUCCCCUGACCUCCGAUCCAGGAUCGGACAGGAGCUCAACUUUUAAUUGAACCUGGUAAUCAGGUUGACCAUGAGCAGCUUGCAACGUCGCGAAACCUAAAAACUGCAAGGCAGUAACAUGA